AUGGUAGACUUACAAACCAUUUCUGUUCCAGAGAAAUAUAAGAAAUUGGGUGAUUUUCAUGAAUACUACUCGGGGGCAAAGCGUGCUCCCGUGUUAACAAUAUUCAUUGGCGGUAACCAUGAGAGUUCUUCUUAUUUAAAGGAAUUGAAAUAUGGUGGAUGGGUUGCUCCUAAUAUAUAUUACCUUGGUGAAUUUGGGUGUGUUUGGUUCAGGGGUCUACAAAUUGGCGGACUUAGUGGUAUUUAUAAUCGAAGAUCAUUCUAUGACUCUAUUAGAGCCGACAAUAAGGAUGAAAGGUUACCAUACAAUCCACAUACUAUUCGUUCUAUAUAUCAAGUGAAAGCCAAAAAUUAUUUAAAGAUGUAUUUGAUGGAUCAGCAGAAAUUAGAUAUUGUAUUAAGUCACGAUUGGCCUCAGCAUAUUGAGAAGAAAGGAAAUAUGAGAAAGUUGCUUAAAGACAAACCCUUUUUCAAAGCUGAUAUCAAUAAUGGCACGUUAGGCAGUCCAUUGAAUAAUGUUUUGCUAGAUCAUUUAAAACCUAGAUAUUGGUUUGCAUCACAUCUCCAUGUAAGAUUCCAAGCUUUGGUAAAACACAAUGUAAAAAGAGGUAACAAUCAUGACGCCGAUUCUGCGCCGAAGAAGAGCAAAUACAAUGACGAUGAAGUAAAGAAUGAUGCUCAAAAUGAUGAAAAGAUUGAACUAGAAAUGGAUGAAGGUAUGGACAGUAAUAAGCUAGAAUUAAAUAUGGAUGCAAUGGAAAAUAAUGAAGAAAUAAAGCUUGAUAUGGAUGACUUUGAUAAGAAGCUGAAUACUGACAAAAUUGAAUUGACAAUGGAUGAUUUCGAAAUUGCACCUACUACCCCUAGCCAAUUACCUUUAAAAGUAGAUAAUGAAGUACUUGAAACGCAUUUUCUUGCCCUUGAUAAAUGUUUACCUAGAAGAAAGUUUCUUGAGAUUAUAGAUGUGGAAAUCCCCAAGGAAAAUACCGGCCAUCCUUCUUAUAGGCAAGAUACCAAUCACACCUCGGAUUCAAAAGUAGAACCACCGCUGCUUUAUUACGAUAAUAGAUCCAUUGCAAUAAACAAAGUGAUCGAAAGAUUCAUUAACGGUAACUUAAGGGUAUGGAACUCAAUUCAACAAGAGGAUUUCUACAAUUUUGUACUAAAGCAAUUUGAUUUGUAUUCUGAACUAGAGGAUGAAAUCAAGUUUGAAUUAACUAAAUUAAACAAUUUGCCCGAUGAUUCCUUCCAAAUAGAUUCAAAUUCGUUCAAAAUCAUUGCCCCUACUAGCAAUGAAGAAGAUAUUCCAUUGAAGUAUUGGGAAAACAAUCAAACUACAGAAUAUUGCUCAAAAUUCCAAGUACCUUAUAAUAAACUAUAG